AUGGAUUCCGGAUGGAGAGACAACCGUAAAAAAGCUAAAGAUUUCGGAAGCAAUGUCAUCGAUUUGGAGAGGCAAAAUAGCCGUACUUCUUGGCCUGAGUCACUCCCAGAUUUUGUUUCCAAAGGAGCAGCUCGAAAAGAAGAUGACCUGAAGUCCUAUUACCCUCACAUCUAUGAGCUGCUAGACAUCGACAAGUUGUAUCCGCACCUUUGUCGAGAGGGUCUACUAAAUGUCACAGAGCAAAAUGAACUAACCAAGCAUGAGCGAACCAGGGAGCAAAAAAUUAGCAAACUACUGACAAUUUUAUCUCAUGAUGGAUCUGAUGCUCAGAGACAGUUUGUGGAUUGUGUGGGACAAGUGUCAGGGGAUGAUGCCAAGCAGAACGAAUUGUACAAGAUUCUUUUAAACAGAGAUAUUUCAAUGAAAGAAGAGCACAACAAUUACUGGACUGUUUUCAUCAUUGCUGCAGCAGUAUCAUUGGUAUUACUGACAUUGAUAUUCUUUGUUAAGUACCCUGGUGCCUUUAAUUUUUUUGAUCAAUAUCAGUCAAAAAGUCUAAUACAUCCUUCAAAAAUAUUUGUGGGACGAGAGCAAGAAAUGUCCAAGUUGAUGGAUAUGCUAGACUUUCGUAGUGACGCAGACGUUAGAAUUGUAAACAUUGUGGGUUCCCCAGGGUUUGGCAAAUCAACCCUAGCUGUUCACGUGGGAGACCAAAUGGUUAGGCAAGGGGUCGAAGUGCAUUAUGUCAAUAUGGACGAGUAUCAAGGACAAGAUAUCGAUAUACAAAUAGAGCUUGCGGAAACAAUUUUAAGAGCGGCUGAUUAUUCUUUAGAUAGGUACACUUUCGAAGACUUGAUAAAAUGGCUAAGAAAUUUGUUCUGGAAUUCUCUAAUCAUUAUUGGAUGAUUGUGAUGAUCUUGUACACAAUAAUAGGACAACUUUUUUCCAUGCACUUGAGAAAAUAGUUGAACAAACUCCCAAAAUAAAAGUCCUUAUCACAAGUUGUGAGGUAACAAUUCACUUGGAGUAUGUUAGA